CCUCCUCGUCCUCCUGCACCUCCUGCUCAAGGAUGGCGUUGCUCCUCUCCCUCUCCCUCCUGUGCGGCUGUGUCUCAGUGGUCACCUCCUCGUGUCAUGUGACCUCUUACACCGAGUGCCAGGGCGUCCCGUUCGUUCCGGGCUAUAACCUCGUGGGGGAAGGGUUUGAUGUAGUACACCUGAAGGCCACCGGGAGCGCUGUGAUCGACAUCAAGACGUUUAUGAGCGGAGGAGAGCAGGGAAACUGCACCUUGUGCCUCAACAAACUGCUCAACCAGACUCAGAAGCUGCCGGCCUCUGUGAAGGACUGGAAGAUCCAGGUACGAUGUAGACGCAGUCUGAGCUCUAAAGUUUUAUCCUCGACUCAGUCUGUGCUCCGGGAGACGAGCAACAGUCUGUCUGCAUCCUGGAAGGUGGGGUUGGGGUUACCUGCUGUGGCACACGUGUCUUUGGGAGGAUCUCACUCGUCUUCGUCGUCGUUCGCUCAGAGCCACAGUAAAUCUAACAAGGUCUCCUUUGUGAGCCACAAGGUCGGCUGCUCCUACUACAGGUUCCGUGUGCACUCUUACCCCCCCCUCACCAAAGAAUUCCAGGACUCUCUACAUCGUCUCACCCCCUCCUCCAAAGACAACUCGGAUUUUGAGCAUUUCCUCUCUCUUUAUGGCACUCACUACCUGCGCCAGGUGACGCUGGGCGGACAGAUGCGCUCCCUGACGGCCGUGCAAACCUGUGAGGCCUCCCUGAACCGACUGUCCACCAGAACCAUCAACAACUGUCUGAGCGCCGAGGCCGAGGCCGUCAUUAAGGGGGUCAAGGUGAGCGCGGCCGCCAGCUUCUGUAAAAAACAGGCGAAGAAGUUGCAGCACGGUCACAGCUUUAGCGGCACCUUCUCUGAUCGCUCUGUGGAGGUUCUGGGUGGAGACUCGAGUGUGGGCGGAGUCCUGUUCAACCCUCACGGUGCAGCGGCCUUUCAGAAGUGGCUCCACUCCAUCAGGUCGCUGCCCGGGCUCGUCCAGUACAAGUUGACCCCCCUGUUCCGGUUGGUGAGAGGGAACCCCAGGCUGCGGUCACGUCUGCGUAAGGAGAUCAAAAGUUACAUCAUGAAGAACGCCGUGUCACUGAAGUGCCGCCGUCCCUGUCAGGCAGGUGUUCAGGCUCAGGACUGCUCCUGCUCCUGUCAUGGCCACAGCCUGGUGAACGCAGACUGCUGCCCGCAGGAGUUUGGCGUGGCCCAGCUGAAGGUGGUGGUGGUGCGGGGGGAGGGGCUUUAUGGUGACAUAUUUUCCAAAACUGAUGGAUAUGUCAAAGUGUUCUACAAAAACCAGGGCGCCACCUCCGGUGUCAUCUGGAACAAUGAUUUCCCCAUCUGGAACUUCGUGGUGCGGAUCGGCUCGGCCAAACUCAUCUCCCGAACGUCGAUCUGGGUGGAGGUGUGGGAUCGGGAUAGCCGCUGGGACGAUGACCUCUUGGGGAAAUGCAAGAUCAUUCCGAUAUCGGGGAAAACAACGACACGUUGCAAACUGAAUCACGGAUCAGUGACAGUCCGGACUGAGGCUGUGUGCGCGCCUUUCCUCCACGGAUCGCUGUGUGAGCUGUUCAAGGCCCACAAAGACCAGGGACUAGACCAGGACCAGGGAUCAGGGCAGGCCUCAUCCAGUCAGCAACAGAGCACAUACAGGGAGGUCAUGGUUCAAGGAGCUAAGAGAGACCAGGGACUAGACCAGGAUCGGGUGUAUUCCCAGAAGGAAUGA